AUGACCACCAUCAAGAAUGAGGACAAGCUUGAGUUCAGCAAGAUCCUGCAGGCUAUUAAGGCCAACUUCAACGACAAGUUUGAUGAGAUCAGGAAGAAGUGUGGUGGUGGUGUCAUGGGUUCCAAAUCACAUGCGAAAACCAAGGCCAGGGAAAAUCUGCUUGCCAAGUAA